AUGACAAUGGGCCUUUCAGAAGGGAUAUCACCGAGUCCCGCCCCCCCCUUGCCCGUGGGGCCCCCCAGUGGGGCGCCGAUGGAUGAGGAGGGCCAGCCAGGGCCCUCGGGAGGCCCUCCACGGACACCCCGUGAUGAGGACACGUGCAGCGAGGCCAGCUCAAUGUCAACAGACGAGUUGAUGUCGCCUGCUGAAAAGCUGCAAGCGGCCAUAAAUCUUAAGGACGAAGGCAAUGCUCUGUUCAAGGAAGGCCAAUAUGAGCAAGCUUUGGAGAGGUACAAGGCAGGAGUGAAGCACGUGAAGGGUUCGCAGGAUUCUGACGCCAUUGCGGUGUCUGUACAGCUCAGCAGCAACAGUUGCAUGUGUUGUUUGAAGCUUGAACGAUGGCAGCAGGCGAUAACGGCGGCUAACCAGGUCCUUGCCACGGAGCCGAAGAACCCAAAGGCGCUGUACAGGCGAGCUGUGGCCAAGAGCAACUUGGGGGAACUCAGCGACGCCAAAGACGAUCUGAUGGCAGUAAUUGCCAUUGACAAGGCGAAUGCCGAGGCAAGAAAGGAACUGCAGAAAAUCAGAGAAAAAAUACAGGCAGCAAAGGCAGAAGACAAGAAGGCCUACAGCGGGUUGUUCAGCCGGGCUAGCGGACUGUAUGACGACCGCGAGGAGGCGAGAGAGAGGAGGAAGAAAGAAGAAGAAGCAGAGAGAGCCAGGAAGAGAGCAGAGUGGGAGAAAGACAUGGCGGCAAGAAAAGGCAUGCAUUCCUUGAUGCUUUAA